AAUGUAUUCAACUUUUUUAUCUUUUCAAAGAUUGCAUGAUUUUAUAGUAGAAAAUAAGACAUAAAAGAUUUGGGCGACGUGGUCGCCAUGUUCGAAUUGAUAUGCAAAUCAAUAAUACAGAUCCGCGGAAUCCUUUGUUGAUUGUGUGAAUAUCUUGAAAAGACGUCGUUGAUGUAGUUUGUCGUACGGAGUCGCCAUGUAGCUUUUGCCAUGAUGUCCAGAGACACCAUGUAUAGGUUAUUUGGAUAAACUUCUACUACUAUGUUCAGGGUCGCCGUGGACAUUUCUAUAUAUAAGCUCGCCAUGCCAUCCAAGGCUAUAGUGCACUCUGGUCUUCUACUUGCGUCCAUGGUUGUUGUGGACGUGCUCUUUGGAUAAGCUUACCAUGACAUCCACGGUUACUCCGUACUCCCUAGUCUUCUACUAACUUCCGUCCACAGUCACUGUGUACAAUCUUUUAUCUUCUAACUCGUGCAUGGUCACCACGUAUGAGCUCCCCUUAUACCUUAUCAUCAUUCGUACAUAGUUACCGUGCACAUCAACUUUUAACCCGCUUAUCCAUGGUUGGGAUAAUUAUACCAUCACAUGCCCCCACUUCCUAAGCCGAAUAGUAUAUCGGCAAUAGGGAGUAUAGAGACACGGUUGCUAUGUCAAUAUUGAAUUGAAUGUACAUGGUGACCAUGUCAAUAUGUUUUGUCUUUUUACCCGUUCAAUCAUUUAAGCUAAUUUAAUUUUCCUUUUCUUUCGGUGAAGUGUGCAGCUCAUGACUCCAAAUCUACUUCCUUCCUGGCAGCUUCGUUGGUGAGGGUCAAGGAGUGCCAUACUGACCAGGUCGCAGCUUGCCGGCAACCACAAGUCGGUCAACGUCUCCCGCCGCCACCGGCAUCCAAUUACGCAACCAGCCUACCCACGCUCGAAGUUCUUUCCUGCCGUCAUACUUCAUCCGCCUCAGACGGCCGUUGCGAGUAAACAGAGCACCCCAACUACACCGGUGUUGUCCCUGUAACCUGGCACCAGCACACUCCGGUGACCUCAGGGACUGUUCGCCGUCGUCGUCUUCCACCUGCGUCGUCGUUAUCCUGCUCUAGGUCUGAAUCAGAUUCCGCCGCCGUUGCUAUUACGGUACGUAGGUAUGCUCCCCUUUCUGUCUUCUUCCCUUUUAUUUUUAAUUUUGACUUCCCUCUUAAGUCUCCUCCGUAUUCCUCCGUAAUUUUGGCUUUGAACAUAACUCCUUUGCUAUGUCCUUGAUGUCAUCAAUUGAAGUGACAUAUCUUUCAAUUUUUUUUUAAUAGCUACCACCAUUUAUGGAUAUAUUAGAUUCCAUAGAUUCUGAUAAAUUGCUGAGUGAUGACGGUGAAUUAUUGUUGGAGAAUCUUCCCCAUCCCUUGGCAAAUGUUAAUUCUGAUGUUGAAGAAAUUAGUCUCGUAAAGCCACGAGCCGCUCCAGUCAAACGACCAAAACGUCGCACCCGUGGCCCGUAUCCAUCCUUAGACCUGAGCCCCAUUCUAUACUACAGGUCGCGCCUCUCAGUUUUCAAGUUUCAAAAAGUAUAAGAAAUUUUUUCCGUCCACAGUGACUGUCCGAUGUCCAGAUUCGAAGGAUAUUGUAACCAAUCCUCCUAAGGGUCACUCUUUCGGGGUGCAUAUUCUUUCCAUAAAAUUAGGAUUUCACUUUCCCACACACCCUUUGAUCAUCGAGUUUUUAAAUGACCUUGAAAUUUCACCUUGUCACCUGACUCCGCUCGGUCAUCAGUAUCUGGUAGCUUAUUGGUCCGGUGUAAAACAUUUGGGAUUGGACCAACCCUAGACCUCUUCAAGCAUAUGUUCCGAGUUGGGCAGUGCUCGACAUCUUAUAGUCUAUCCUGGAUGUCUAUCUCACAGCGCAACCACUUUGACAUGUGGAAGGUCACUCGUAGCAACAAAGCUAAUUGGAAAGAAGAAUUUGUAUAUGUGUCAUCUGGAUCUCCGUUACCUUUUUCAUCGUCUUUGAAUCGUCGAUUUAAGAAGUAUUCGUACCCGAAACUUCCGGUUGACCAGGAGACAUGGCCGGCUAUGAUUCUUUCUAGAGGACCGUAUAGCCUCUCUGCCUUUACUUCCGAGGACCGCCUAAUCACGGUUGGGCUCCAUUCGCCGUCACCACAUUCGGGUGCACACGCAUCCACGUCCACGGAUCAAGAUAUGAUGUCGAGGCUGGAGAUGCUCCAAAGUUUCGACAAGGAUGGACCUCGGGGUAGUGACCAGGGGCGCUCCGAAAAUAAACCAAGGGCUCCCUCCAUCACAAAAGGCAAGGACGUUAUCGUAAUCAUGCCUUCAUCUGUGACGAUACGCAAGGCUCCUAGUACCGCAACCCGCAUCAUCCGGAGCAUGAGUGACAUUCCCACUACGGGGAUGACUACCUGGUUACGAGGUAACAUUGAGUUGCCCCCGCUUUUAUCACAGACAAUCCCGGUGACUGAGAAGGAACAAAUUUCAGCACUUGACAACGUUGCUCUAGAGAGGAAGAGUCACCAUGGUCUGGCAAAACUACUGACAUCCAUCUCCGAGGUGAACCGAAGGAAAGACGAGCGCGAGCAAGAGUUGUUGCUACAACUUACCGAAUUAGCAAAAGAGGUGGCCUCGCCCAAGCUUAGUCGUGAUUCACAUGUAGCCAAGGUCGCGACGCUUAAAGACAUGCACGUCGUGGAGUUGGCGAAUGCAAGAAGUCGGGCCGUGGAUGCAUACAAGAGUUCUUCAGAGUUCGUGUCUGAUCGGGAAGCUUACAUCAAUGCCCGCCUCGGUGACAUUAGCAAACGUUGGUUGUCUACUCCACAUCGCCGUGAGAAACUCGCCUUAGAGAGCUACAUUUCCUACCAGGUCGGGAUAUAUGCCAUUCAACAGAAAAUAUAUCCUAUCUUGAGGGAUAAGUUUGGUACCUCUUGCAUCAAUGAUUGGGGACUUCCUCCUGAGGUUCCCAACCCCGAGAUCUCGGUGGCUGAUUCCCCUCUGGAGGACAUUCAUUUUUCCAGAUCCCCUACUGAUGAGGAGCUUGAUGAUCCCCCCUCCGAGAAAGAUAAAAAGGUUCAUAUGUCAUUCACCUUGGAUCACCCUAGCUUUGAUCACUUUCGUGCCUUAGAGCGUCCACGGGACUGAUAGAUGGGCGUAGUGUAGACUUCAAUUCCGACAUGUCUUUCCUUAUGAGUACUUGAAUUGCUAAACAUGUUUUGAAUUUAUUAAAAUAAUAAUGACGCAUCUCUUAUUUUCC